GCUUGCAUCUCCGGGAGGUUCAUCAACAGUCACGUCCAGGCGCGAUACCAUCAAAACUGACGAUGUGGUGUUUUUCACGAAUUACCAUCCGCAAAAAUCGCGGAAUGCCCCGUCCGAUGUGUGCCCUGCAAGGUCAUUAAUGGGCUCGCUUCGAAUGGGCGCUGAAGCAGGUCACGGUGUUGGUACUCUCUGCUUAGCUUAUUGACUCUACUCACGUCUUUGUCUUUCUCGGUACUCCGCUUCGUCUUGGGACCAACAGUGUUCCUAUCUGGGCAGAUGUCGUCUUUUGAGUAUCUAUGGUGCACUAUGGGAAUCGUAUAGCUCAUCGCUCGCCAUCCCAUUCACGUUGCCUUCUGGCGCUCAAUAAUAACCGUUGUAGUCAGACGGGCUUAGGAUUGCGAAAGCCCUUAGAAUUUGUUUUACUCCAAACACUGACUCUUUAUGUGACCUCGGUCUAAUCUCGCUUCGCUUCGAGGCCAAUUCUCAUGUCUCUGGAACUCGACAGCAAAACUGCUAGCAUCUUGACUGGCCCGGAGUUGGAGCGAGGGGAGGUUGAGGUUGACCACCGGAAGCUCCUGCGACGGAUUGACUUGCGCAUCUUACCAUGGAUCUACAUGACCUAUCUUGUAGUUAGGCUUGACAUCGCAAAUAUCUCCAACGCAGGGAUCAUGAACCAGGAGGUAAAGCACAGUCUACGACAAGAGCUCGCACUGUCCGCUCAACAAUGGACAUGGGUGAUCGCGUGUUUCUAUUACACCUACCUGUUCACAGAACCAGUCAGCACGUUCUUCAUCAAGAUUACUUCUCCCUCCAUCUGGAUCGCACGCAUCAUGAUCUCUUGGGGAAUUAUACUUUGUUGUCAGGCCGCUGUCAGGAGCUAUGGUGGUCUAGUAACGACUAGGGUGUUACUGGGCGUAAUGGAGGGGGGGUAUUUUCCAUGUAUUGUCUAUCACUGGUCUUUCUGGUACAGUCCCAAAGAAAUGGUCCCUAGGAUCCUAGCUUUGUAUGCUGCAGGAGCUGCAGCGAAUGCAGUCAGCGGAUUUCUGGCGUACGCAAUAAGUUUCACCGACCGAGCCGGUUUCGCGGGAUGGAGAUGGCUUUUUAUAAUCGAGGGCGCGGUCCCAGUGAUAAUGGGCAUCGCUACAUUCUGGGUUUAUCCCGAUUUCCCAGAGACUUCCAAAUGGCUCUCCCGACAUGAAGUUCAGCACAUUACGGACCAUCUCCACAAAUCAGCACCAAACGUCAAAGGCCCCACAUUCUCCCUCAAAGAGUCCCUCGACGUCUUCCGUGACCCUGUAUUUUACUUCUUCACCGCUUUCUGGAUCCUGCAUGGUGUUGGAGUGAAUGGGAUAUCAACGGUACUGCCUGUCGUCAUUGAUGACCUAGGGUUCACAAGUUCGGCAGGAGCAAAUCUGCUCAAUAUACCUCCAGCCGCAGCCUCUAUUGUUAUACUUAUCAUCUGUCAUAUCCUCCUCCAGAAGUUUCGCGUUAACGCAUUCCCUCUCAUCAUCUUCAUGGAACUCGUCGUAUUAGCUUGCUUCGUCAUCCUUAUCACCCGAACCGAGCCCGGCGUGCGCUACUUUGCCCUAGUGCUCGUCACAGGCGUCUCGACCGUUGCAUACCCUGUUCUGUGGCCCCGCAGAGUUCAAUCCGUACGCGGAACUGCAGGGUCGGCACUCGCUAUUGGCAUUCAAAAUGCCUCGGCUCAAUUUUCUGGGAUUUUGGGACCCCAGCUGUUCCGAUCCGACUACGGUCCCCUGUACGACAAGCCGUUUGAAGCGGCCUGCGGUCUCAUCGGCGUUGCGCUUCUUUUGCUCAUCCCAGCCUGGUGGCUCAUGGACGGGGAUAUAUCCAGGUCGAAGUGGUUGGUGAGACACGUGCAGAGUCAGACGAAGUGGAGAGAAGGAGACGAUGUGAGAGAUGUGAAAGUAGAAGGCGAAACUAAGGGCGUAGGACUGCAUUGAGGGCCAUUUGACGUCUGGAAUCCGUAAUGCAGAUGAGUUCGUUUGCUGGGUUGUGUCCG